ACUGCAGCUAGCCAUGCCAACAUCCCACUUCAAAACAAUUUGUGUUUCAAUCCAAAACAUAUAUUUUCUCACACCCAUUUCUGAUUACGAUGGCUUCUUCAAGAGUUUCAAUACUCUUAUUGAUCUCUCUUACAAUUAGCUCUCUGACGGUUGCAUUUGCUGGGAACUUCUACCAAGACUUUGACAUCACCUGGGGAGAUGGCAGGGCUAAGAUACUCGACAGUGGGAAGCUUCUUACCCUUAACCUUGACAAAGCCUCUGGGUCUGGAUUUCAAUCCAAGAACGAGUAUCUGUUUGGGAAGAUUGAUAUGCAGCUCAAGCUUGUGCCUGGCAACUCUGCUGGAACUGUCACUGCCUAUUAUUUAUCUUCAAAAGGGUCGACUUGGGAUGAGAUAGAUUAUGAAUUCUUGGGGAAUUUGAGCGGUGAUCCUUACAUUCUCCACACAAACGUGUUUAGCCAAGGCAAAGGCAACAGAGAGCAACAAUUCUACUUGUGGUUUGACCCAACUGCAGAUUUUCACACCUAUUCUAUUCUAUGGAAUCCCCAGAGGAUCAUCUUCACUGUUGAUGGCACCCCAAUUAGAGAGUUCAAGAACUUGGAGUCCAUUGGUGUUCCAUUCCCAAAGAAUCAACCGAUGAGGAUUUACUCUAGUCUGUGGAAUGCAGAUGACUGGGCUACAAGGGGUGGUCUAGUGAAGACAGAUUGGAGUCAUGCUCCAUUCACUGCUUCCUAUAGGAACUUCAAUGCGAAUGCUUGUGUUUGGUCUAAUGGUGCAUCUUCUUGUGGCAAAAAUUCUUCAGCUUCUAACAACAGCAAACCUUGGCUUUCGGAGGAAUUUGAUACAACAAGUCAAGAGAGGCUGAAAUGGGUGCAGAAGAAUUACAUGAUAUAUAAUUACUGCACUGAUACUAAGAGGUUUCCACAGGGACUUCCUCCCGAAUGCAGCAUGUCCUAGACUAGGGAAGAGGAGACAACUACGUACAUAUAAACUACGAAAGUGUUCAAUUCUUUUAAUUUUUUUUAUUAUUUGUAAUGUGAUUUGUGUGGAAAAAAAUUACAAAUCAGGGAGUAUAUGCUACCCAAGAAUAGUAUUAUUAUAUGUGUAUUUUUUUAUGUAAUUUCUUUUUGUUAAUAAAUUAAAUGAUUUGAUUUUCAAAUUCAA